CGGCCGAAGCCUUUGUUGCUUUCUGCUCGAUGGAAGGACCCUGAGUCUAAGUUUGAGCUCUCUCUCUCUGUUGUUCGUCGCCGGCAGUUGCUGCAUUUUCUAGUGAAUUUUGAAAGUGUUUGCUGUUCUUCGUCUUCUUCUUUCUCUGAUUUCUUAGUUUUUCAGACAAAUAAAACCUAAAGAGACUAAUCUGUGAAGGUGGUGAUGUCUCCACCUCUGCUGGGUCUUGAGGAAGAGGGGCAGAGCGAUAUUUCUUUAGUGGCCUCUUCGACAUCCAUUGAUUGUAUCCCUCAGAAUGGCUGUGGUUUGAAAGAACGUAACUAUCUGGGUUUGUCAGAUUGCUCUUCAGUUGACAGCUCUGCUGUCCCAAGCUUAUCUGAGGAGAAUAAGAAUAAUCUAAAUUUGAAGGCUACUGAGUUGAGGCUUGGUCUUCCUGGAUCUCAAUCUCCUCAAAGAGAAGAUUUUUCCUUGCUGAGUACAGGGAAACUUGAUGAGAAGCUGCUGUUUCCGAUGCUUCCUUUGAAGGAUGGAAUUGGCUCAUCAUCACAGAAGCAUAUUGUUUCAGGCAACAAAAGAGGAUUUUCUGACACUAUGGAUGGAUUUUCGGAGGUUAAGGGUUCUUUGUAUUCGGAAAAGAAUUGGCUGUUUCACUCUGCUGGGACCGAGUCUGACUCUCCACAAUCUAUGGGUCAUGGGAAGUUUCCUGCUAGUUCUGGGAUAAAUGUUAGGCUACCAUCUAGACCUGCUGGGGCUCAAUCAGCCAUGAUGAAAGAGGUGUCACAGAAAGGGUUAAAUGACCAGUCUCAGGCUGCCAAUGGAGCCAACCUGAAUCAGACUAGUAGUCCUAACAACAGCAGCAGUGCCCCUGCUGCCAAGGCACAGGUUGUUGGCUGGCCCCCAGUUAAGUCAUUUAUGAAGAACACAUUAGUCACCUCUUCAAAGAACAAUGAUGAAGUUGAUGGAAAACCUGGUCCUGGUACUCUUUUUGUCAAGGUCAGCAUGGAUGGUGCUCCUUAUUUGAGGAAGGUAGAUCUUAGAACCUACUCCACUUAUCAAGAACUCUCGUGUGCUCUUGAGAAGAUGUUCAGCUGUUUUACUAUAGGUCAAUGUGGAUCUCAUGGAGUUCCUGGGAAGGAAAAGCUAAGUGAGAGUAAGUUGAGGGAUCUUUUGAAUGGAUCAGAAUAUGUGCUUACAUAUGAGGAUAAGGAUGGUGACUGGAUGCUUGUAGGGGAUGUACCAUGGGAGAUGUUUAUUGACACAUGCAAGAGAUUAAAGAUAAUGAAGAGCUCUGAGGCGAUUGGCUUAGGGCAACCAAGUAGCCAAGAUUCUGGCUUUGUCUUACUUUCAAAGUUACAGGACCGAGUUACAGGGAUGGGUGUAAUUGACCCACUGAGACUUUGAGUCGUAACUUGAACUAUCUCGAUCAGGAAACUUCUUACAUACAUCAGGGUGUAUACACUCUGACCGGUAAAUUAUUAAAGUGAUGGUGGACUUUGCUACAAUAUAUAGUUGGUUUCAAUACGCAAUAUGUUUUAUUGAUUUCUUAUUGGUUAGGUGUGUAUAUACCCUAACCAACUACAAGAAAGGCAAAUGGGAUUGGAAUUAGGGAUCUAAGCUUUGGGGUGGCCAUGUGUUUGAGGUAAGCCAAGUCCAAGUUUCUGGGAUGGAACCUGCUGGUUAUUGAUAAAGCCAUUACUUUAGUUUUAUGCAAAUGAGAUCUUGGGACUUUGCCAAUUUUCCUUGUCAA